CGAUAGUUAUUUCAAUUAAAUGCCAAUAGAAAAUUAAUUUUAUUUGGGGUUUCGAUCAAUAACAAAAUAAUAAUUUAAGUUUCAAAAUAUCCCACGCUUUUGAAAGCUGCUCGCGCACAUUUUAGUCGCCAUAUUAGUUAUAGUGUUUUAUAGAGAAAAAAUAUUAACAAACGCCACGUAAUCAGUAAAGUUAUCAAGCUUACAAGUGUCUUUUGGAGAUUGUUAUUGACAAAAAUUAUAAUAAAAACAAUAACAGAUUUAUAAACGAAGUGACAGAGGAAAUUUUCAUCAUCAUAAAUAUUGACUUUUUCCAUUCUAUUAACAAUGUCUGACGGGAAGCGUCUUGGUACGUCUCGAGCUGCAGUUUAUAUGAGAAAUAAACGUAAGUUAAAACGGCUAUUUUCGACUUGCGGAACGAAAGUUAGCAUUCCAAAAAAUUUUUUUGAUACAAUGCCAGUACCAAACAGUGGAAUUAUCAAUGACCCCGUUGUCACUGGGAUUGUAAAUACUAAGGCGUCGAAUAACUUGAUAUGUUAUGAAACUUCAGAUACCGAAGAUGAUGAAGCUGGUGAAAGAAGUACAAAUACUUUUGGUUUUGUUAAUGAAGUUGAGGAUAAUAAUUAUAUUGAGGGUAAUUAUCAUAACGACGAUAAUGAUCAAGAUGAGGAUAAUGGUAAUCAAGAAGAAUACAAUAAUCUAGUUGAGGAUAAUGAUUAUCAUGACACUCAAAAUGUGAUAACGGAUGUCGAUGAAGAAAUAAAUUUUUUCCUUGAUGACGAUGAAGAUAUUAAUAAUGAAAAUGACGAGAAUGAAUUUCUUUCUAUAAAUUCUACUCCUGAAUAUCAAUAUCCACUUAUUUCAAAAAGACAUCUAAAAAUUAAGGAUCACUUUCUUUCUGUCAUAGCUACAUCAAUAAAACAUCGUAUGUCGUAUGAAGCAGUAUUAGACAUUUUUCGUUGGAUUAAAUCAUCGCAUGUAAUUAGUGGCUUACCUACAACUAAGGCGGCGUUAUGGAAAGCAUUAAGUCGGAAUAACUCAAUGAUUUCGCGUUAUUAUUAUUGUAAAUUAUGCUGCACAUAUUUAGGCCGAAAAAAUGGAAACGACAUUUUAGAAACUGAAUGUUUUUGUAAAAAGUGUGGCCCUGAAAAGUCCGAGGAGCAUUUAGGAUUUUUUUUGUACAUAAGCUUAACAUCGCAAUUAAAACAACUGUUGAGAAUUCCAAACAUGGAACAGUGCUUAAAAUAUCGAUUUUUAAGACAAAAAAAAAACAUCCACGCUAUUGAAGAUAUUUAUGACGGCGAAGCAUAUAAGAAAUUAUGUUCGACAGGUCAGAUUUUAGAAAAGUGGUAUAACUUUUCUUUUACCAUGAAUACCGAUGGCUGUCAAGUAUCUAAUUCCUCUCGAUCAAGUGCUCGGCCAGUGUAUGUGGAACUUAAUGAGUUGCCGCCACAUAUGCGCAAGAAAUAUAUGCUGUUAGCUGCUAUAUUUGUUGACGACAAACAUCCGAAGACAAACAAUUUACUGCGACCUUUUACAAUUGAAUUAAAAAAAUUAUUCAAUAAAGGUAUUAUGUGGAAACCUACUGAAACAACCAAAGUGACUUCUAAAUUUAUUGUUGUAAUCUGCAGUCUAGAUGCGCCAGCCCGAGCAUCAGUGGUUCGUAUCAAACAAUUUAAUGGUUAUUUUGGCUGUCCAUUUUGUUACGCGAAAGGUAAAUGCUUGUCACCAGGAAGAUUCAUCUACCCAUUCAAUCAAUGUUACGGUAAAUUAAGAACUGACGACGAGUUGAUAUCGGACAUGAAGUUCGUGACCAAAAAAGGUGUUUCAAGAUAUGGUAUAAAAGGAUAUUCUGCAUUGACAGCUUUACCACUAUUUAGCAUCACCAAAGGUGUAGUCGUUGAAGCUAUGCAUGCAGCUUUUUUAGGAGCUGCAAAGCUACAUACAACUAUACUAAUGACAACAACAAACACUUCCUAUUAUGUUGGUGGCUCUGAUGCAGGGGAAAUAAUUGAUAAAACACUACUGUCUAUAAGACCUCCUUCACGCCGAGCACGAACUCCUAGAAGUAUAAAGUUUUAUGCACAAUGGAAAGCUUCUGAAUGGAGGAACUGGUUAGACUAUGCUCCAGCAUGUUUGACACUAGUUUUGGAAGAUAAAUACGUUAAUCACCUGGCUCUUCUUUCAGAAGCUAUGCAUUAUUUGAACAAUGAUUCCAUCACAUUACCGGAACUAAAUCGAGCGGACAUGUUAUUGAAGAAAUACGUUAAACUAUUCGAAGAGUACUUUGGUGCUGCAAAAAUGACGUCGAAUAUUCACUCAUUAACUCAUCUUACUUUAUGUGUGCGUAAUUGGGGUCCUUGUUGGGCGCACGAUGCAUUUAUUUUUGAGGCGUGGAACAGAAAUAUACUUGAAUCUUUGAGUAGUCCUAAUGCUCGUGAGGAUCAAAUUGCUACUCGUUUUUUAAUGCAAAGAUUUCUGAACCACGCCUCAUUAGAUGAUUCAAUCGCUUCUGAAACAAAAACGUACAUUUUUAAAGCAUUAAAAGUCGUUGACGAAACAGUAGAAACGGGAUCACGAGACAAAUUUAUUUUCGAAGGAAAACCUACGAUUCGUUCAUUAACUCAAGACGAGAGCAUUGUUUUACGUGCAGCUGGAUAUACACCUGAAAAAAUAACUAUUUAUGGACGUAUGCAAAUGAAUAAAAUCAAAUUUAGUAGUGUAAAUGCUCAAGUACAAACUAAAAUUUCAGACUCUUUUAUAUUUAAUGAGCGAGAUGGAGUUUUUUAUGAAAUUAAAAAAAUUUUAAGCUUUCAAAUAGAUAAUAAUUUAAUUUCUGGUUUGAUUGUACGGCGUUUCUCACAUGCUUAUUACGGAUUUGAUACACAAUUCAUCAGCGCAGUCGUUGAAAACAAGUUCAGCUUCAUCCAUGAAACUAACAGAAUAAGACCAGCUAUAAAAAUAACUACCAAUGGAGUAACUUAUGCAAUAAAACUUGCAAACUGCUGGGAAACAGACUGAUUGAUCACUGAUUGAAAUCGUUUUAUUUUAUGAUUAUUAUUAUCGUUACAUUGCCCUUGGCUGGUCACAAAGCUGAUAGGAUUGCCAGGAUGCUCAGAAUGAUGGGAGCUUUGUUAAUUAUUUGAAAACAACCCAGAAACAGUCGCAGCAGGCAAAUAAUCAUUUUAAGGAGUCAGGCGAGAAUUUAAAUCUUGGUUGUUUCGAUUUUGAGGAUCGUGAUGGUGAAGAGAUUGAAAAAGUAUCUUUAGAAGAAAAUGAUAAUGAUACCGUCAUUGUAAGUAGAAUCAAUGUUAAGCUGCGAGAAAUUUUUCCUAAUCUUGAAAAUAUUGACCCUACAGUAGUUGAAUUGUUACCAUCUGUACUGCAACAAGAAGCUAGAGUUUAUUUAAAAACUGAUAAUAAAGUUAAUGUUAAGUUUUCACAAGAUAAAUUUAAAAAUGAAGAAAAAUUAAAAACUGUUAGUAUUAAAUCUUCACAAAAUGAAGUCAUAAAUGGGAAAAAGUCUGUUAAGCCAAAGUCAAGUAACGGUAACAAAACAAGUAACAGUAGUAAUAAAUCGUGUGAAAAAAAUCAAAGUAACAUUAAAAAGAUACCACCCAACGUUUGUUCAACCAUCUACUCCUGUCUGAGCGCAGAUCCUUAAAAUUUUACAGUAACAGACAACGAAAGGUCUAUCAGCCUUUUAGGGAAACGUGACUAACAUUAUCAAGUUGUGCGACUGAUCCAAAACUCGCUGCUAAUACAACUAAAUUACCGGCAAAUAUUUCAACAAUAAAAAAUUAUCCUGACUCGAUCAUGGUCGUACUACCACCACGUAGUUGUUUAUCAAACUGCUAGUGUAGAAGAACAUUGAAAUUUUUUUUUAUAUUUAUACCAUUAUAAUUAAGGGCGUUUUUCAUUGUAUUUUGAAAUAUCCUGAUUCAAUAAAAAAACAUAUAAUUUAAA